CCCAUGAAAAACGACUGGACCAGUUACGUCAUCUUAUGGCUGAAGAAGCGAAACGUGCAGCAAAAAUAGAAAAGAAGUUGAGAAUUCUACUUGGAGGUUAUCAGUCACGUGCUCAAACUUUAAUGAAAGCUAUCGAAGAAAGCGUUGAUCAAAUUGAACAAGGUUACAUGGAGCUGACCACUUAUGAACGACUUCAUGAACAAGAGUUAUGCGCUAUCGCAAGACGUUCUGAUGUGUUAGAGGCUGAUGUUGAACGCCAACAGAAACGACAUGCUGAUCUUCAACGUGAAUACGGCCGAUUGAUUCGUAUCCGUGAAGAACGUGAAGCCGACGCUUUCUUAGCAAGUAAUAUGGAUUUAAUUGGUGACAGUGAAAUGUCGACGGCCACCGCCGCCACUGAUGGUGGUGGUACUACUGGUAAAACUGGACCAGCUGCAAGCGAAACUAAUCACACCGACUCCGCCUCAUCCAUGACGAUGAUGGUGAAUGGAGGUGAUAAAACUGGUACAACACGUAAAUGGAUUGCUGUCACACAAGUGGAAGAUGUGAAUAACACGGAUCAUCCAAUGAUGAUGGAUGAAGAUGAUGGAGAAGCAGAAGGAGAAGAACAGACAACAAAUACUGUCCUCAACCCUUCUAAUCAUUUGAACAAUGUCAAUGGUGAUACAAAUAGUCCGAAUCAUAAUGAUUUAUCCUCAUUGAAUAAUAAUAAUAAUAAUAAUGAUAAUCUCACCUCAGAUUCAGAAUCAGCUAAUGUGAAUAUGAUGGAAUCAGUGGAACAGACAAUUAGUUCACACUGAUCGAUAUACACCCCCUCUCCCUUGCUCUCCUCUCCCGUCGACAACACCAUCAUCAACACUGUCGCUGUGUUUCAGUUUUAUAAAUAUGCACGAGCACAAACACACACCCUCUCCCUCUGAUCUCUCCUCUACAUACUUAGCUAUCUUGCUCUUCUCAUCUUCUCUUCUCUUGUGUGUUUUCCUGACCCCGUCUCCUCCCUUUUCAUUCCAUUUGAUGAACUCACUUUUGAAGCGAAAGAAAACACCGUAUGUCAUGUUUUAUAUAUUACAACAUAUACAUAUAUGCAACUCUUUUUAUUUGGAACUCAGUGUAUUUCGUAUAUGUGUGUGGACGUGUGAGUGAAUGUCUUUGUAAAGCAUAAACGUUUAGAGGUCUACAGGUCUAUUCGAUCUACGACCGCGACUCCUCCUACUACUCCUUUUACUGCUGUUCCUCACUGCCGUCUGUCUUUGUUGUUGGUGUUGUCGUAGAAGGGAAAGAGGAGCUGUUUGCUUGAAUGCUCUUACUUUUAUAUAACUGUGUGUUUGCGUGAGCGUGAGUGGCGAUUAAUACACACACACUCCCGCCUUCUUGAUGUUGAUGAUGAGGCAACGAUGAGAUCGCGACGAAUUCUGUUCUUGUUUUGUAAAUGAUGAAAGAAUAACAGUGGGACUAGAAAUCCUGUUGUUAUUAUUAUUAUCUUAAAAGGAUAAAAGAAGGUGUGAUGUAAUCUCUGUAAUACAUUACUCUCUCUUUAUCCCCCUCCCCCCUCUUUUCCUUCAAACUAUAACGAUAGUACUAGUAAUAAUACUAAUAAUAAAGAUAAAGUCUACUAACCUCUCCUUUUUGCUACUUUUUAUGCCUUCUAUCUGUGUAGUUUUACUUGGUAUUGAUUCUUUGAUUGUUCAAAAUU